GCUCUGCUCGGAGUUCAGGCCGGGGUCAGGGGGAGUUCGCAGCCCGGGUUUCACCUCCGAGCUGGCGGCGUCGGGAACCCCGAGGAACCGCUGCUGCUGCUUCUUCCACCUCCUCCUCUUCUUCUUCCUCCUCCUCCCGUUCCGUAGGACCGGCCGGGAGCUCGGGGUAUGGAGGAACAGCAGCAGCAGAGGAGGAGGAGGGUGGAAGGGAACAGCAACCGGCGGCGGCCCCCACGGGGCUGAGCCAUGAGAGUUCACCGAGACCUCGGCUGGUUGGCGGAGGCUACAGGGCGCCCAGGGCGGCGGGCGAGGAGCGGGAUGCUGGAGGCCAUGGAGGUGCCGAGCCACUCGCGGCAGCUGCUGCUGCAGCUGAACACGCAGCGCACCAAGGGCUUCCUGUGCGACGUGAUCAUCGUGGUGCAGAACGCGCUCUUCCGCGCUCACAAGAACAUCCUGGCAGCCAGCAGCGCCUACCUCAAGUCGCUGGUGGUUCACGACAACCUGCUCAACCUGGACCACGAGAUGGUGAGCCCCGGCAUCUUCCGCCUCAUCCUCGACUUCAUCUACACGGGCCGCCUGGCCGAGUGCGAGCCGGGAGGGGAGCAGAGCCUGGGCGCCGUGCUGGCCGCCGCCAGCUACCUCCAGAUCCCCGGCUUGGUGGCUCUUUGCAAGAAGAAACUGAAACGCAGCGGCAAAUACUGUCACCUGCGCGGGGGCUACGCGCCCUACAAGCUGGGCCGGGGGCUGCGCGCCGCCACGCCGGUGAUCCAGGCCUGUUACUCGGGGACGCCGCGGCCCGUGGACCUGCCGCCCGUGGAGCCGGCGGCUCCGCUCAACACGCAGUGUGGGGAGCUCUACGCCUCGGCCGCCCAGGGAGCCCCGCUGCACCCCCACGGGCUGUGCCCUCCCGAGCGACACUGCUCGCCGCCCUGCGGCCUCGACCUCUCCAAGAAGAGCCCCACCGGCCCCUCUGCCCAGCUCCUGCCCACCGACCGCCUGCUGCCCGGUGAGCCCCGCGAGCCCUCGCUGCCCCCGCGGCACGACAGUCCCCCCGUUGGCGCCGGACUCCUGGGCGGCCACGCCGCCGCCUACAAGGACUCCCCGCCCGGCGGAGAACCGGGGGGACACCCGCACGUCCCCGACCCCUUCCGCAGCACGCCGCCCUGCGCCGAGCCCCCGCUGCCCCGCGCCGACGGGCGCGAGCUGAUGUACCGCUGGAUGAAGCACGAGCCGCUGGGCCCCUACCUGGACGAGGGGGAGGCGGAGAAGGAGCUGGAGCGGGAGGAAAAGGCCGAGUCGCCGCCCUCGGCGCCGCAGCCCCGUUACCCCAGCGUGGAGAGCAACGACCUGGAGCCCGACAACAGCACGAGCGAGGAGACGGGCAGCAGCGAGGGCCCUUCGCCCGGCGACGCGCUGGACCGCUACUGCAACCACCUGGGCUACGAGCCGGAGAGCCUGGGCGACAACCUGUACGUCUGCAUCCCCUGCGGCAAGGGCUUCCCCAGCUCCGAGCAGCUCAACGCGCACGUGGAGGCUCACAACGAAGAGGAGCUCUAUCACAAGGCGGCGGCCGAGCAGGCCGUGCCCUUCCUGGACAAAGGCGGCCCGGGGCUGGGUGACAUCCUACGGCCCUACCGCUGCUCCUCCUGCGACAAAUCCUACAAGGACCCGGCUACGCUGCGGCAGCACGAGAAGACCCACUGGCUGACGCGCCCUUACCCCUGCACCAUCUGCGGCAAGAAGUUCACGCAGCGCGGCACCAUGACCCGCCACAUGCGCAGCCACCUCGGCCUCAAGCCCUUCGCCUGCGACGCCUGCGGCAUGCGCUUCACCCGCCAGUACCGCCUGACCGAGCACAUGCGCAUCCACUCGGGAGAGAAGCCCUACGAGUGCCAGGUGUGCGGCGGGAAGUUCGCCCAGCAGCGCAACCUCAUCAGCCACAUGAAGAUGCACGCGGCCGGCCCCGACGGCAAAGCCAAGCUGGACUUCCCUGACAGCGUCUACGCCAUGGCUCGCCUCACUGCCGACCAGCUGGGGCUCAAGCAGGAGAAGGCGGCCGAGCUGCUCUCCCACACCUCGCACUUCCUCAGCGACCCCAAGGCCAUGGAGAGCCUCUACCCGCUGGCCAAGUUCACGGCCGAGCACCUGGGGUUGAGCCAGGACAAAGCGGCCGAGGUGCUGGCGCAGGCUCCGCACCUCCACGCCGAGGCCGCCCGGACCAUAGAGCGGUACUCGCCUCCCUAACGCCGGCCCGGCCGGGGGGCUGGGGGGGUCCCGGGCUCCCCUUGCUGCCCCGUGUUGAGCUGGGGCAGGGCAGGAGGGGGGACGGACACGGCGAGAGGCGCUGGGUGCUCGUCCCGCGGCCCCGGAGAACUCGCUCGCAGAGGAAGGUCCCACGAGAGCUGCCCCGGGGCCGGUUGGACGGGGCGUCCCGCCGCAAGCUGGCCGAGGAGAAGCCAAUAAUUCAGGGACUGACCUUGUGGCGUGGCCACCGCUUUGCUGUGGGGGGGCUACCGCGUGUUUCCCCCUCACCCCCGUCCCCCGGCAGCGGGGCGGCAGCGAAGCACAAGCUGUGAGGCCGGGCUGCGCCCCGAGGCUUGGGAGGACAUGAGCCCGCUCCUUACCUCAGGGCCACCCACCCCCCGGGCCAGCGGACGCCCCGGGCACUGCGCGGCUCGCCCCGGCCCCGCGGCGGGACCGGCUGAGCCGUGCCGGGACCCGGACUGUGCCGCCCGUGAGUAGUCGAUCCGUCGGGGCCGAAGCGACGUCUCUGAGCUGGGUGUCCUGCCCGGGAGCGGCCGCGCCGGGGCCCGAAGGGGAAGGGGGGAGCCGGCCGGAGCCCCCGGGGCCGUGGCCGGGAGCGUGGGGACGGACUGACGGAGGGGGACGGCCGGGUCCGAGCGGCGCGGGGCGGGGGGCCGGGGACCCGCGAUGCUCCUCGGCCCGGAGCAAGCACUGACCGGCCCGGCCCGGCCCGGCCCGGCCCGGCCCCGCGGCUCGGCUGCCAGCGCUCCGCGUUUGCGGCACGGAGGGCAGGGCUUGUCACAGACUGAGCCCCUGGGCCCUGCCCCAGCAGGCGCCUGGCCAUCAGGGAUGCCCGGGGAGGGGGCGGGGGGUGUCUCGGGGGGGGUUUUGCCCUUGGGUGGCCGCUCGCCUCGCCGUUUUUCGACGAUUAUUAUAAUGUUUUCGUUUGCCAAAGACGCCCGUCCCCAGCGCGGCCGGGGCUGGCCGGGGAGGCCGCGACAAAGACAAAGCGGUUGGGUUUGUCAGCUACGGGGAGGUUGGGGGGAGGCUGCGGGGGGGGAACGGGCUGCGGGGAGCCGAAGGAGACGCGGGACUGCCCCGGCUGGGCCGUGCUCACCCGCCGUCGGGCAGCCCCUGCCGCCACCGACCCCCCUCUGCCUCCUGCCCAGGGUGGGCAAAGCCCCCCUCUCCAGCCUGGACCUCCCCCCCCAGCCCCAACCCGUGCCCCGACCCCUCUACCUGGGGCUAAUGUGAAGCUUCUCCCCUCCCCGAGCCCCCUCCUCUCCUUUGCACACAAGGCCCUGGGGUGGGCGCCAGCAGCGCCCGGCCCCGGCCUCGCAGCCACUGUGCCUUAGCCUGAGCUGGCCAGGCGCCCCCUGCCCUCUCCCUGGGACCCCCUUAGCCCAGGGCCGGCAGCAUCCCUCCAGAGCAGCACCCAAAGCACAGCUGGGAGCAGCCAGUCACGGGCCUCCCUCAUCACGUCCCAUUUGUACACGGGCCCCUGGCCCUUUGUUGUUGUUGUCUUUUUUUCUAUAGUCGAAAACCGAACGAGCAAUAAAGUGACAUUAACUUGA